UGUUGUGAACUUCCAUAGUGCAGUUCAGUUUAGUCGCCGCUCGUCCUCCACGUUCGGAGGAUGGUAUGCGCCUCUACUCUUAUAAUGUAAAAGAAAAUGCUUUUUCUAAGGAGACUAACGUACUUUUAUUUUGAAGUGUUGUUUUUUAAGAAGACAGGCAUUCUUUUGUGAAUUCUGUGGAAAACCCUUCAAACAUAUAGUUGAAAGUGAAUCGCUAUUUUAAUAUACUGUUUUUAUAAAUGUUUUUGUUCGUGACGUAUAUCGGUAAUCGUGAAUAUUCGUAGUUUUUUUUUUUUUUUUUUUGUUAUACUUAAAGUAUGGACUGUUCUUAACGCGUACGUUCGAUUCGUAAACACGUCAUUAACAUUUUUCGUGAAUUAAUCAUCGCAACGGAAUUUUAAAACAUUCACCAUUAUUUCAACAAAGUUAAGAAUCACACGUCAGAACUUCCUUAAUUAACAUUUCGUUAUAAAUCAAGCUGUAGCGGCUAUAAUGCAGUUCGUCGCGUUAAUAAACUGGACUAAUUCAAUCGAAGAUGGAAUGGUUUAUUAAUGAGCUGUUAAUUUUCUACGAAAUUCUUUGCGAGAAUAAAGUAAUAACAUAGUGAACGAGGGGGAGGGGGCAUUACAGAAACAGAAACAAAAACAGUGGUUACGAAGGUUGUUUGCAGUGUCGCUACGAACAGAAUGAUAAAAGUUUGGACCGUCUGAAGAUCGAAAAAGGUGAUUAUGGUGAUAUGAACAACGAUCGCGGCUUGGAAAGAUUAUUGCGCAAACCAAACAAGAAGUCAGACGAAGCUUGGUGCGUGGGAACAGGGAAACGUGGAGAAGCAAACGGAGAUCAUUGUCCGAAAACGACUAACAACGUUCAAAAUGUUUUCCACAAACCGACGAAAAAAUAUUGUCCGGAAAACAACGAGGAAGGAGACAUUCUUCGAUCGGAACAUUCUCAGAGAACGGUCGAGAAUUCCCAGGAGGAUUCACGUUGGAGAACAAUCAAACAUUCUCCGGUUAACACCGUUUCAGGAACGAGCGAAAGUUUUUCGGAGAUCGUCGCUGCUACUAGAUCAGAAGCUUCUUCCUGGAAGGCGAACGAGGAGCUUUUUGAAUACAAUAUAGCUUGCGUAUUGAAGGAAACUUUGUCGAAAACUUGUCGAUUUAACCGUUUAGUGGAAGUUUGCAAUAAAACGUCGGGGACAAUGAAUGAAAAUUCAUUACAAGUUCCCAAGGAACAGCCCCGCGAGGUCGACGAAGAAAAUUGCCCAGGGAGCAGCGAGUUAGACGUUUCCUGGAGGUCGAGUACCGAUGAAAGUGAAAAUCCAUCCACUUCCUGGAGAUUAGGAACGAGUUCCCCGCGAACACCAACGUUUACGAGUUUGGCUUUGGACGUUUCCUACGCUGGCCUAGACUCUUCCAGUCAUUUGAAUGUUGAAUCCUCAAGAAAGGCCCAGGCACAAGAUUCGUCGUAUUUUUGGGACGAUCUCAGUGUCACGGAGUGUCUGGACAAAAAACUGACAUCGAACGAUGAAAGUACGCCGGAGGAGAGGGUGAAGACUCUGAAGGAAGUUCUAGCCGAAACGAAUAUUCACGAGGGGGAUGGAGUCGUUUCAGAUUUUCUGUUUCACGUCGCCAAGACGAAACACGGCAAGAUUUAUAUCAGGGUUAUUAGAACGAUGCUUCGUAAUCGAGUUCUCUGUAGCAACCGGGUGAGCCAAAUGACCAAGACUUAUAAUGAUAUAGAAGCAGUUACAAGGCUUCUGGAGGAGAAGGAGAAAGAUUUGGAACUGACCGCACGUAUCGGCAAGGAACUGUUAUCGCACAAUCAAAAACUUGAAGCCACAGUUACCAGUUUAGAGUCCGAUCUAAAGGAAGCUAAUGAAACAAUCACCCAACUGACACACGAACUCGCGAAGAAAACGGAAUUAAUUCAAAUCCUCACCAAUGAUACUGAAGAAACAAACUCUGAAACCAGUACGCCCACCGGACUUCGUGGCAUCAGCCUUGAAAUGAUGCAGACAAAAAUUAGUACCCUUGAAGUCGAAAAUAAACAUUUGAGGGUUGAAUUUUCGAAACUGAUACACGAUGCUGAUAAUUCGGAAGAGCAAGAGGCUAAACUUGUCAAAGAUAUCGCUGCUCAACUUGCAAGUGCAAAUAUGGAGGUGGACGGGAUUGCAGACGAACUUGAUAGGCAAAAAGAAGAAAAUCGACUGCAACAUGAACAGAUCAUCAGUUUGACAGCAAAAUUAGCUGAAACGGAGUUGAGAUUGGCACGGUUGAUGGCCGAACACGAUGAAGUUGGAGCUACUUUGCAUAUCACUCGAGAUAAUCAAAAUACUCUUGCAAGUGAACUAGCCGAAUUUAAGGAUAGAUACGCAGAGGUGGUGAAUUUAUUAGCGGAUACUCAAGAACAAUUACGAAAACAAAGAAAAAAAGGAAUGCCAACAGUCAGAGGAGGAUCUCUGUUUCCCUCGAUGGGUGUUGUCCCUCAACCAGAUUCUAUUGCUUCAGAACUUGAAUCUUCUCUCUAUUCUGAACUCAGUUUAGAUUCUGGUAUUAGCGCUGAUAGAAUACCUACUUACAAGAAAGUUUUCGAAACGGUUCGAAGCGCUUCAAGAAAUUCUUAUGGGAUGAUUGAUAGUAACCAGUUCCCAAGAAUAGGUUCGAUGACUACGUCAACUUUAUCGAGUGGCUCUAACGGACCGCGUAUGAGCUGCGGACAAUUUCGACCCGUGACAUCAACGUUUCCUAGUCUGGAUUCUGGUGGACACAGCGAUUCGGAAGGUUCUCUUAUCACAGAUUCUGAGGAUUAUCCGGGUCCACAACAGACGGGAGUACCAGGUGCUCCCGGAGCAGCAGACCUCGAAGCGGCUCUUCGCAGACUAACACCAGCAGAAGUCCUUGCAAGGCGUGCUUGUCUUAGCACUGGUACAGGAUACAGUUACGAUUACGAUGCUGGACCUCAUUCACCUUCGACUUUUGUGCCUCUCGGUUGUAGAACUCCAGAUAGUAUCAUGUCUACUGGAAGUUCUGGAAAUUUAAGUGGUUAUGGCGGAAAUGCUUGGAGACUUCCUGAGAAAUUGCAAAUUGUGAAGCCUAUUGAAGGCUCGCAAACUUUACAUCAUUGGACGCAACUAGCAACACCGACAUUAGGUGGUCUUUUGGAGGAACGGCCAGGAGUAAAAACACGAGGAGGCCGUGGGCUGGAAGAUUUAGGCCUAGUCACUUUUACUUUAAGCGAUCUCGAAGAAGACGAAGAAUAUACCAAUCCUGGAAAACUCUUUCAAGACACGGGCUCCAUAUAUACUUUCACCAAUAGUACUGUUCUGCAUCCUGAUGAUCACACAAAUGUAACUUCAAGUCUUGUGGGCAGUAGAGUUGCAACUGCACCUAGCAGUGCUUUAAAUUCAGGAAUGAGUACUCCAAGAACUUUGAGUAGGAGAAAUUCGACUUCAACAUUUUCGACAACGCUUGGGCUUGCGAAGAUGCUGAAUGAAAGAGGUAUAAAAGCCGUCACGCCUUCCUGCGUUGGAACUCCAAGUGGAGAGAGGAAUUAUACACCUACUGCCACCCCUUGCAAUAGUCCAGAUGCUAGUCCUCCAGAAAGUCGAUCUAGUUCACCAACUUCGGAGAGUGGACUUUCUAUGGGAUUAUUGUCUAGUGGGGCAGAAUUGUUGAAGAGAACGUUUGGCGGAGAUACAGAAGUGAAGAGGAAGCGAACUGUACUCUCCAGAUCCGACAAGAAAGCUCUUACUAGUAUCCGUUUAGUUGAAAAGCUUGAACGAAUUGGCAUCGAUACUAUAAUGGCUACAACAACCGGUUCAUCGAUCUCUCCGCUAACACUUCAAGGUUCUUUGUAUACCAGGCGUGCUAUCGAAAGUCCCAUGGCUCAGUUAACUUUCCUAAAAGGCUCCAUGUCGUCGAGUGGAAGUCAGGAUAAACUUUCACCUUCUUCCACUACAAGCGAUUCCUCGUCAACAAAACGGAAAUUCGAUGAAAAGAAGCAAGAUGAAUCCAUGCUAACCAGGGAGUCAAAUAGACACAGAAGAACUGGUGCUAGAGCUACAAGACCUGACCUGGGACAGGUUACACCUGCGAUACCUGUCACGGUUACAAAAGAAUCACCUGCACAGUCUGCUUUAGGAACUAUUAGUUCGCUUUUGUUUGGACGAAAGGGUGGAUUACUCUGAGAUCACUGUUUGUUGCGCACUAAGUAAAUUAUUAUGGCGAUCAGGAUUGAUGGGAUUCUAAGAGGUGGUAACGAAAGAUUGUCGGAGUGAUGAGAAAGUGGUAUAUAUAACUAUCCCUGUUAGACUAUUUUACAAUUCUUCAGGAAAAAGUGCAAAUUAUUAUUUUUUAAUUGUACAUUUUUGCUGUACCAAAAAUGAUCAAAAAUUGACAUUAUUAGCAAACCAAGAAAAGUACAACGAACCGUCGUAUUAUACAAAAUGCAUAAGAUGCAAAGUAUGGAAUUGCUAUUACACUUUACUGUGUAUUUACUUAUAUCGCAAUAUUUUUGAAAUCUGUUUUUAACAUUUUUUAAAAAGUGAAUGUGUUCUUAUUUUACAGACCGUUUAUACUUCCUAUUCGAAAAUAUCAGUACAUAAACUAGCACACAUACUAGUGGUUGAACAUUCCUAUGAUAUUACUCAUUUUUUUAAGCCUUUAUUAUUAAAUCAUUUUACUAUAUGCUGAAUUGCUGGAGAAUGUUUUAAGUAUUAUUUUUAAUUAAAUAUGGAGUUAUAAUUAAAUAUAUAUUACAUAUCUGCAUUUGCUUUAAAAACAUUAUAGAUAUUUUUUUGCGGCAUGAAAGUAGUUCAAUAUUAAGUGAAAUAACAAUAUUUCCAGUAUUAUGUUUAAAUACACAAAUAUAAGUGUACAAUUUUUUAAACUAACAAUUUCUCAACGCUUCGACGAUCUGCAAUUGUAAAAAGACUAAAUAAAACCCCCUUCGUUAAUUUCAUUUUUGAAAUGCAGCUAUUUUACAUUAAGUAGUUCAUUUUUAAAAUGAUUUAUUGCAAAUAAUUAAUUUAUAUUUGAAAAUAAAGAAAUGGAAACAUUUAGUAGAAUUGCAUAGAGAAAAGCAGAUAAAACACUUGUUAAUCAUCGUUUUUAGCACUCAUCGAUCAUUGAUGAUCAAUCCAGGAACACAAGAAUAAAUAAUUUGAAGUUGUUUGUUUAUAUAUAUAUGUACACACACAAAGUGGGAGUUAGAAAAAUGUAUUAUGUAAAUUAAUUUACAUUGUAUAGAGAAUAUUAUAAUAGUAAUUGAUACUUACAAUCACGUAGAAUGCUACAGUCAUGUAAUUAUGAAAUGCUACAAUUUAUUCAGCGCAAUUUUUAUGGAUACUAGUGACAUAUUUUGUUAUCACAGAAUGCAAGUGACCUCUUUUACGCGAAAAUGUUUAAUGUUAUUGUUAUUAUACAUUAUUUUACGUUAGAGGUCAUUGUUAAGAAAGUCCAAGGAUUAAUCAUUUAGGCAUGGAAUAAUUUGGUCGAUAUUGCAUUAAUGUACCACAAAUAAUGAAGGAUAAAGUAUCCACAAAUAAUGAAAAAAGCUUACCAAAAAAGAAUGCAACAUUAAUAAUGCACGAAAAAGCAAAUAAAUGGGAUCGGACCAUACAGUCAACCAUAAUUAGUAUAAAUUAAUUUAUAAUCAAAGUAAUACAAAUUGAUCAAGGGAAAAUAUGUUCGUCAAAUAUUAAAAUUAUUGAAAAAGGUCGCAUCGAAUGUUGUAAGUCGAAGCACAAUUUUUAGAGGUAGAACAUGUAAGGUGCUUUAAGUUAAACAAUUCUGCUUUAUUUACAUUAGGAGAUCGCAAAUUAUUUAGUUACUAUGCUUUAGAUGAAUUAUUUAAUUGAGUGACUACUGUCGAUCUCUUACAAGAGACCCUACAGUUAGUACAAGUAAUUAAUUAAUUAUACUGUCCAACAAAUUUAAACUUUUUUUAAAUUCCGCGAUAUCCACUAGGUGAUUCUUAUAGGGUUCCUCGUCCUAAAUACGAAUCUGAAAGUGAAAUUGCUCCAUCACCCUUUUUUGAAAAAUUCGCGAUUUUGUACAUACGGUCGAUUUUGAAAGAAAACGUAGUACUACUUGAAAAGUACGAACGCUAGAAAGCUCUACUUAGUCUUAAAAGAUAGAGGAGUGUUUUCUGAAUAUGAAGACAUAUUCCUUUAGAAUUAUCUGCUCUUUUGAAUGCCUGUAAAUGAACACCGAAGUUCAAAAUGUUGCCGGUGCGAGUACUUUUCACGAAAUACUUUUGUAUUUUUAUGAAAAGUUAUUCGUCUAGGUCGAAUUUACUAUGCAUUAUAGGUAUCUGCAAACAUUUCUGAAGAGAAAACCACCCGCGGCAAAUGUUGGAACGUUUUCUAGUUCGUACAGAUCCAGAAAAUAUUAAUUUAGAACGCACGAAUUCUGUUUGCCGGCGCGCAGGCUUCGCUCGCUUUAUAUAGGUGAAUCAGGGCCGUCGUCAUGCGUUCUACACAAUCGUCGCCACGCGCUUGAAUAAUAACCAUCAAAUUCUCGUAACUUCGUUAAAAUUCGCCCCACAUUGACGAAUAGAAAACCAUUUUAAAGCUUAAUGUUUCUACUUUUCGAUACUUUAAUAUUUUUUUAUUUAAGUUAGUGCUUGGGGGAUAACCUCUGUUCUAAAGAGAAAUUUGUUAGGUAGCAGUUUUCAUUAAAAAUUAACAACAAAAUAUACAAUUAUAGAUUUAAUUAAUUGUUAAAUAAUUCAAUUUAGAUUUAAAUAAAGUUUGCUCAAUAUCAAUUUAACAAAAGUCGAAUAAUUGAAGAUACAAAAACAGGAAAUUAAUGAUUACAAUUUAAACAGUGGAAAAUUGUCUCCGUUUUGUUGAGUUCCAGUAUAAAUGAAAUAUUAGAAAUGAAGAAUUACUUAUCUGGAACAUGUAAAUCUAAUACAAAAACUGAUAGCGUGUGGCACCGAUUAGACGAAUCCCGUAGCGACCGCCCCGAUUGACCGAAACAUAGCGAGUAAUGGCUGUGCAGCGGCAAAACACCGUUCAUGCGUUCCGAGUGAACGUUUUGUCAAACCGUAUGGAUUAGAAACCGUUCCAACAUUUGCCGCGGGUGGUUUUCUCUUCAGAAAUGUUUGCAGAUACCUAUAAUGCAUAGUAAAUUCGACCUAGACGAAUAACUUUUCAUAAAAAUACAAAAGUAUUUCGUGAAAAGUACUCGCACCGGCAACAUUUUGAACUUCGGUGUUCAUUUACAGGCAUUCUAAAGGAAUAUGUCUUUCUAUUCAGAAAACACUCCUCUAUCUUUUAAGACUAAAUAGAACUUUCUAGCGUUCGUAGUUUUUAAGUAGUACUACGUUUUCUCUCAAAAUCGACCGUAUUUAGGACGAGGAAUCCUAUAAAAAUCACCUAGUGGAUAUUGCGGAAAAAAAAUCGUGUUGGACAGUGUUAUCGUUUGAUUAUCGAAUCGUUCGACUGACAAAAAGAACAUACUUUCAACCAUUUAAUCACUUUUUAGUCAGCAAUUCAUUUUUUGUAAAUAAUUUAACAAUGAAUUGACAAUGAUCUAAUUUGUAGAUUAUCUCUAGUGCAUUGACAAAAAAUUAAUUAAUUGAAAAAGAAUUAUUAGUAAAUUAGAAUAUAAAUAAUUCAAUUAUGAAUACAGUUAGUUUUUAAAUGUAAAACUCAAUCAUAUACCUUUCAGUUUUAUACAAUAUGAAAUUAAUUGAUUGGUAAUUAAUCUAUCGAUAAUUGAUAAAUUGUUUUUGUAAAUAGUAAUUUAAUGUUUUCCUUUUGAUUUGCCUCCUUUUUUUUAAUCGG